UUCUUUCUGUAUAUUUCUGUGAAACUGUAUUUUGCAUAUUGUAAAGAAAACAGAGGCAUUAAAAAGGAAAAUCGGAAUCUGAGGGAAUUUUAGUGGGAAAGAUGAGGUCAAGGACAGGCAGAAAUUAAACAUCUUUCCACCAUAUCAUUGUACUUUGGAAAGUAGUGAUUACUUUUUAUAAACAUUCUGCUUAUAUGAAGUUUAAUAUUAAUGUGUUCAAUUAAGCAAAUGUCUAAAAAAUUCUCAGUUCCUAACACGAUGAACAUGGAUUGAUAUAAUGUACAUAACAUGAGUUCAUGUAGACAUCUGGACACAGACAUGUUUGAGAAUCAUUGAUUCGAUGGCCUCUGAGCUGGGCACAGAAGGAUAUUAUGACUAGGACCAGCAGGACAAAGAUCAGGGAUGAAGACCCUUGCACCCCAGGCUCUCCUGCUGCUGCUCCUGGUCAACCUGGCCCUGACCAACCAUCUAGAGGGUUCACACUCGAUGCUGUUUUUCCAAACCCUGCUGACCUGGCCCGGCCUCAUGGAUUUCUACUUUACUUAUCUUGGCUAUGUGGACGACACACAGUUCAUGGGAUACAACAGCAGAGCAGAGAAUCCAAGGAUGGAACCCCGUGCUCCGUGGAUGCAUCAGAAGAAGCCAGAUUUUUGGGAGUAUGAGACACAGAGAGCCUUGAAAUUCACAAAGCAAUUAACAGAAGAACUAAAGACAGUGCUCCAGAUCUACAACCAGAGCACAGCUGGAUAUCACACAGUCCAGAUGGUACAUGGAUGUUCGGUGAUGCAUGGAGGGUACUUCCGUCGCGGAUACUAUGAAUUAUUCUACGACGGCUGGGAUUACAUCGCCUUGAAUGAGGACCAGAGCACCUGGACUGCGUUCGGCCAGGCAGCUCAAAUUAUCGGGUAUCAGUGGAAGAUGCAGGAUUUCUCGGAAUUGUUGAAGCCAUACCUAGAGGACUCCUGCGUGGAGAAUCUCCGAGACUAUCUUGAGAAAGGGAAGGAGAUUUUGCUGAGAACAGAUACCCCCAAAACAUACAUGACCCAUAAGGUCAGAGCUGAUGGGAAAAUCACCCUGAGGUGCUGGGCCCUGGACUUCUACCCUGCUGACAUCACCAUGACCUGGCAGAGGGAUGGGAGCAACCAGACACAGGACAUGGAGAUGAUGGACACCAGGCCUGCAGGGGAUGGGACCUUCCAGAAGUGGGCAGCUGUGGUGGUGCCUUCUGGGGAGGCACAGCUAUACACAUGUCAUGUGACUCAUGAGGGACUGCCUGAGCCCAUCAUACUGAGAUGGGAGCCUCCUCAGCCCUCUGUCCCCAUCAUGACAAUUGUUACCGGCCUGGUUCUUGGAGCUGUGCUUAUGGGAGCUGUGGUGACUUUUCUGAUAUGGAAGAGGAGGACUAAAGGAUAAAACAGCUGUCUUCAUGUGGUACUGCGCCAUACAGGAUUUGCUCUGGUUUCUUGUUUUCCCAUUGUGGCUUUAAGAGCUGGUUCCUUCCCUUUCUGCAUCUGACUCUGAUUAUGUCCCUUAUGUGAGCACAAUGUAAGCAGGUGAUGCGUUCAUUAGAGCCCUGAUUAGCAACAAUCCCCAUCCCCACACUUAUUGUGUGUCUUCUCCACUCAUCUCCCCAGUUCCAACACCAGCUGGCUACACUUCAUGCUUCUUUCUUGAAAGUACGAAUUUGUUUAGGGUUGUACAGCUUCUCAUCAGGCUAGGUGAUUGAUUUGUGUACUAAAGAUGAGUAAAACUAGAUGGAGAAAAUUAA